CCAGCGACCCAGCCCCUUUCUCCUUUUCUUUCCCUCGCAAUUCAGAACCUUGCACUGCUCUCAACCAAAAAAAACCCUAGCCGUCUAGCCUCCACCACCGCCUUCGCAAGGAGUGGGACACUGCCGCCGUCCGUCACACUCAGGAGCUUUCCUCUUCGUCCUGUCGGCGUGCUCCAAGUCUUCGACCCCUAUUCGCUCUCACCGAUCGCGGCUUCUUCCUCGAGGUCAGCUCGGCGUCCGUCGUCUUCGUCUGCUAAGACGCGCUUCCGCCGCCGUCCAUCGCGCUCAGAGCUUCCGUCCUCGUCUGGUGCUCGUGCUUUAAGUCUCCAACCCCUCUUCUCAUUCACCAAUCGUGUGGUCGUCGUCCGUCGCGCUACCCUCCGUCGUACCCUGCCCAGACUGUUCAGAUCGAAGGUCAGUGCGCACUGCCAGUGCUUGUUCUUCGUUUUUUUUAAUGCUCUGUUCAGAAGUGAGAACGAAGGUUUAUGAUUCUGCAAAAAAUGGCGGGAGGGAAGGUGAAAAAGGAGAAGGGAAAGCCACAGCAGCACACACCUUACCAGGGUGGAAUAUCCUUUCACAAAUCCAAGGGGCAGCACAUCCUCAAGAACCCUCUCCUUGUCGACGCCAUCGUCCAGAAAUCUGGCAUCAAACCCACUGACGUCAUCCUCGAGAUUGGUCCCGGUACCGGUAACCUCACCAAGAAGCUUCUAGAAGCCGGUAAGAAGGUCAUCGCCGUCGAGAUUGAUCCCCGUAUGGUUCUCGAGCUCCAGCGCCGUUUCCAGGGCACUCCUUAUUCCAACCGCCUCACGGUUAUACAAGGUGAUGUGCUGAGGACAGAACUCCCUUAUUUUGACAUAUGUGUGGCGAAUAUUCCGUAUCAGAUAUCGUCGCCUCUCACUUUCAAAUUACUCAGUCACCAGCCUGCAUUUAGGUGUGCAAUUAUAAUGUUCCAGAGAGAGUUUGCCAUGAGACUGGUUGCUCAGCCCGGUGACAAACUCUAUUGCCGUCUUACGGUGAACACACAACUCCAUGCUCGAAUCUUCCAUCUCCUGAAAGUUGGAAAGAACAACUUUCGCCCUCCGCCUAAGGUUGAUUCUUCUGUAGUACGAAUGGAGCCAAGGAAGCCCAAGAUUGAAGUUAACAAUAAGGAGUGGGAUGGCUUUUUGCGAAUUUGCUUCAACAGAAAGAACAAAACCCUUGGUGCAAUUUUCCGGCAAAAAAAUGUCAUAUCUUUACUCGAAAAGAACUACAAGACCGUGCAGGCACUGAAACUUUCACAAGAGGGUGCAGUGAAGGACACAGGAAGUCAAAUGGAUUUAUCUAGUUUCGGUGAUUUUGAUGAGGAUCAAGGCAUGGAUAUGGAUGGUGGAUUGGAUGAUGAUGAUGGGAUGGAAGUUGAGGAUGGAGAAGCAGAAGGUUCGCAAUCCGAAUUCAAGGACAAGGUUUUGGGUGUUUUAAAGGAGGGAGAUUUUGAAGAGAAAAGGUCAUCCAAGCUGACCCUGCAGGAAUUCCUUUACCUGCUUUCGUUAUUUAACAAAGCUGGCAUUCACUUCUCCUGAUGCUAAAUUCAAACGAGUCAUAUUUCUUAUAUAAGAUAAAGUAGUCUAAAUUGUUAUGCUUUCUUAGUUUUUAUUUUUUUUUUUAAGUUACUUAAUAGAGUGAUACCAGGUUAGGCUGGAUUUUGGUUCUACUUAGUGAGGAUUUGUAUCCAAAUUUUGUUUAUCAUUUUUUCGUCCUUUUGAAUUCUAAAAGUUGUGUUCACUCUAUGGCUCUUCACAAUAUCUUACACAUCUUAUUGAGAUCCUAGAUGUUGCUGCUGAAA